UGCGUGUAGUUCACCAUAAAACCUCAGCGAAGACGAAGUCUUUUGGGGACUAGAGUCCUCUAUCUAUUUCUAUGUCUCCACCACAUGCAGCAGACAGUGGACAUUUUUGACAUUACGCGAAAUAAGUUGGGUACGACCGUUACAGUUUUGUGGUCUCCAGUGAGUACGUGAAAGGGAAUGUCGAACGGUGCAAGAUCGGUUAUUGAGGUGCAUCGGAACGGCAAUAUUAUGGCUCAAGAGAAGCUCCUGGAAGGUUAUGUGGGCUUUGCCAAUCUCCCAAACCAAGUGUACAGAAAGUCCGUCAAGAGAGGCUUCGAGUUCACGCUCAUGGUCGUGGGUGAAUCUGGUUUGGGGAAGUCUACACUGAUCAACUCCCUCUUCCUGACAGACUUGUAUUCACCUGAAUACCCUGGACCCUCCCACAGAAUCAAGAAGACAGUACAGGUGGAGCAGUCUAAGGUGCUGGUAAAGGAAGGAGGAGUUCAGCUGCUUCUCACCAUCGUUGACACGCCAGGGUUCGGGGACGCUGUCGACAACAGUAACUGCUGGCAGCCAGUCAUCGAUCACAUCGACAGUAAGUUUGAGGAUUACCUCAACUCAGAGUCCCGGGUCAACAGACGGCAGAUGCCUGACAACAGAGUGCACUGCUGCCUCUACUUCAUUGCCCCCUCUGGACACGGGUUGAAGCCUCUUGAUAUAGAGUUCAUGAAGCGGUUACAUGAAAAAGUGAACAUCAUCCCCCUCAUCGCCAAAGCGGACACAAUGACUCCUGAGGAGUGCCAACAGUUCAAGAAGCAGAUCAUGCGAGAAAUCACAGAGCACAAAAUCCAGAUCUACGAGUUCCCAGAAACCAACGAUGAGGAGGAGAACAAGAUGGUCAAGAAGAUCAAGGAUCGCUUGCCCCUGGCUGUUGUUGGUAGCAACACCAUCAUUGUGGUCAACGAGAAGCGGGUGAGAGGGAGGCAGUACCCCUGGGGCGUGGCGGAAGUGGAGAAUGGAGAGCACUGUGACUUCACCAUCCUGAGGAACAUGCUCAUCAGAACCCACAUGCAGGACCUGAAGGAUGUGACUAACAACGUCCACUAUGAGAACUACCGCAGCAGGAAGCUAGCAGCCGUCACAUACAACGGAGUGGACAACAACAAGAACAAGGGACCAAUGACCAAAUUUGACACAAGUGAAGGCAUGAGUCCCCUGGCCCAGAUGGAGGAGGAGAGGAGGGAGCACGUGACCAAGAUGGAGAAGAUGGAGAUGGAAAUGGAGCAGGUGUUUGAGAUGAAGGUCAAGGAGAAGAUCCAGAAGCUUAAAGACUCUGAGCUAGAGCUCCAGCGACGCCAUGAGCAGAUGAAGAAGAACCUGGAGGCCCAGCAUAAGGAGCUGGAGGAGAAGAGACGCCAGCUGGAGGACGAGAAGCACAACUGGGAGGCACAGCAGAGGGUGCUGGAGCAACAGAAACUAGACGCAUCCAGAACCCUGGAAAAGAACAAAAAGAAGAAGAUAUUUUAAAAGUAUUUCGGCAAGACCACCGUGUGACAAUGUACUAGUUGCCAAUUUACCAACCUGGACUGUCAGUUUGUCUGUCGACCAACAACCUGUUACUGUGUGUAUGCAUGGAGGAGCAGUGUGGUAUGUCUGGGGGAAGUGGGUUCUACCUGGGGUCCUACAUUAGACCCACUGUCACAGACAUGCUCAGUCCUGGAAGGUGUCUCCUUUCUGUUCUCUCGCUCUCCUCCCCAAAGACCUUUCUUAUUCUCCCUGAAAUGGGCAUGUUAGACUGUUGUACAAUCAUGUUUUUUGGUUCGCAGUUCUCAAGCACACGCAGUCCCACACGCACACAACAAAACACACAGGUAUGAGCUAUUUCAUGAUUUCAGAGACGAUUUCCUUUUCUUUUUGAAACCCAGAAUGCCACAAGACUUGCUUUCUUAUCCUCUUUCUAGUUAGAUGACCUUGGAGACAGACUGCACUGCUUUUCUCUUUCUAGAUAGAUGACCUUGGAGACAGACUGCACUGCUUUUCUCUUUCUAGUUAGAUGACCUUGGAGACAGACUGCACUGCUUUUCUCUUUCUAGUUAGAUGACCUUGGAGACAGACUGCACUGCUUUUCUCUUUCUAGUUAGAUGACCUUGGAGACAGACUGCACUGCUUUUCUCUUUCUAGUUAGAUGACCUUGGAGACAGACUGCACUGCUUUUCUCUUUCUAGAUAGAUGACCUUGGAGACAGACUGCACUGCUUUUCUCUUUCUAGAUAGAUGACCUUGGAGACAGACUGCACUGCUUUUCUCUUUCUAGAUAGAUGACCUUGGAGACAGACUGCACUGCUUUUCUCUUUCUAGAUAGAUGACCUUGGAGACUGCACGACUUUGUUGUAGUGUUCUAUUUAACGCCAAAUGACCAAACUGCGGAGUAGGAAGCUACACACCUCAGGCAUUUUUCUUUUUAUAACACUUUUAGUUAUUUAGUUAUUUAGUUAUCGUUGUUAUUUUUUGGCCCUCAUCCAAAAAUGUUAUCCUCUUCCAAUUCUUGUCAUUUAAAUCAUCUAGCCAUGGACCGCUGUGUAUAACUUCAGUCAUAUUAGAAGGUUUCAUUGCUGGUUAUUUUGUCCUUUUUUCCCUCUCUCUCUAUUAUAUUGGCCCUGCUACAGUAAUCGUUACAUUUUUCAUUUUGUGUUUGUAGGCAUUUCUCCAUUCUGGUCUUUGAGGUUUACUGUGCAUACUGAAUUUCACUCCAGCUGCUACACAGUAGGCCCCCUUGACCAGGGCUGGGAAACCCUGUUUUAGAAGACGGUGGGGGAGGAAAGUUUGGUUGUUAACUCAAUCGUUAACAUAACCCUGAUGUAGUUUACUUACAAUGACCAAUGACUGUAAACAGGUCUGUAUUGACUGUAAUAAACAACAAUGGGGUUCCCUUCCCUUACAUUUAACUCUGUUCAUGUAAUGCAUCUCUUUAUUUUUUAUUUUUUAUUUUUUUUAUUGUAGUCAUAAUAAACUUGUGAUGAUACAA